AGUGAGACGAGCCUCCGGUGACGUCACUCCUCUGUGCUGUGGCCGUCGGGACUCUGAGGGUUAAAAACUACAAUAAAAGGCUGAAAACUACAACACGAUGAGCGGGCUGCACUACCUGGAGCUCUGCGAGGCGCCGGUGCAGUUUGAGAACGCGACCAGCGUCAACAACGUGUUCUUCGACGAGGCCAACAAGCAGGUGUUUGCGGUGCGUUCAGGGGGAGCCACAGGUGUGGUGGUCAAAGGCCCGGAGGACAAGAGCAGCGUUGCCUUCAGGAUGGACGAUAAAGGAGAAGUCAAGUGCAUCAAGUUCUCCAUCGGAAACAAGAUCUUGGCCGUUCAGAGGACUUUGAAAUCUGUGGAUUUCAUCAACUUCAUACCCGACUAUCCGCACACAGAGUUCACGCAGGAAUGCAAAACGAAGAACGCGAGUGUUUUGGGAUUCUGUUGGACCAACUGGAAUGAGAUCGUCUUCAUCACCGACCAGGGAAUAGAGUUCUACCAGGUGUUUCCAGACAAACGCAGCCUGAAGCAGCUGAAGAGUCAGAGCAUCAACGUGAACUGGUACCAGUACUGUCCGGAGACGGCCGUCAUCCUGCUGUCCACCACCGUGCAGGGGAACGUCCUGCAGCCGUUCAUCUUCAAGAAUGGGACCAUGUCCAAGAUGUCCAAGUUCGAGAUCGAGCUGCCGGUCGUCCCCAAACCGGCCAAACUCAGCCUAUCGGAGAGGGACAUCGCCAUGGCAACCAUUUAUGGUCAGCUGUUUGUGAUGUAUCUGAAGCAUCACUCAAGAACAGCCAACAGUCCCAGUGCAGAAGUGGUGCUGUAUCACUUACCAAGGGAGGGUGCGUGUAAGAAGACUCACGUGUUGAAGCUGAACACGACGGGGAAGUUUGCUCUGAACAUCGUCGACAACCUGGUGGUCGUUCAUCACCAGAGCUCUCAGACGUCUCUGAUCUUUGACAUCAAGCUGAAGGAUCCAGAUCUUGCCGUCAACACACACCAACCUGUUCUUCCUGCUCGCUCCAUCCACCCCUACAGGAUACCACUGGCAGUUCCAGCAGUCGUUCCCUCUCAGCCUCCAGUUCCAUGUCAGCUCUACUCUUCAUCAUGGAGCGUCUUCCAACCCGACAUCAUCAUCAGUGCCAGUGAAGGUUACCUGUGGUACCUUCAGGUGAAGUUGCCUCCGACCGUCAACCUGCUGCAGGACAAAGGAAAACUGAUGGACUUCCUGUUACGACGGAGAGACUGCAAGAUGGUCAUCCUGUCUGUCUGCUCACAGAUCCUGGAGGGCGGAGAGAAGGGAAGUCUUCCUGUCGUGGCGACCGUGUUCGACAAACUCAACCAGGUGUAUAAAGAAUACCUGGAGGCCGAGCAGACCUACACUGUGGCGAUGGAGUCCGGUCCGAGUCGAUGCAGCGCGGCUCAGAAGCGUCCAAUCAGAACUCAGGCUGUCGUCGACCAAUCAGACAUGUACACACACGUCCUGUCAUCGUUCACAGAGAGGAAGGGCGUCUCCCAUAAGUUCGUCAUCGCGGUGCUGAUGGAGUACAUCCGCUCUCUCAACCAGUUCCAGAUCACCGUUCAGCAUUACCUGUAUGAGUUGGUGAUAAAGACGCUGGUGCAGCACAACCUGUUCUACAUGCUGCACCAGUUCCUCCAGUACCACGUCCUCAGCGACUCCAAACCACUGGCGUGUUUACUUCUGUCUCUGGAGAGCACGUAUCCUCCUGCUCACCAGCUGUCACUGGACAUGUUGAAGCGUCUGUCCACGGCCAACGAUGAGAUCGUGGAGGUUCUUCUGUCCAAGCAGCAGGUUCUGGGAGCGCUCCGGUUCAUCCGCAGUGUCGGCGGCCAUGACAACGUGUCCUCCAGGAAGUUCCUGGACGCGGCGCGGCAGACCGGAGACCAGAUGUUGUUCUUCACCGUGUUCAGGUCCUUCCAGCAGAGGAACCAGAGGCUCAGAGGAAGUCCAGGGUUCAACCCCGGGGAGCACUGUGAGGAGCAUGUGGUUCACUUUAAGCAGCUGUUUGGGGAUCAGGCUCUGAUGAAACCGUCGACCGUCUGAACCCGAAAACAAACAAACCAACUGAUAACUGAAGUCAGCGGACGGAGACCAUGAAGAACCACCACGGGGUCAUCAUCAUCAUCAUCGUCAUCAUCGUCAUCGUCACGGGUUAAAGACAGUCAAAUAAACAUCACAUGCUGGUUACUCUGUGACACGGUAACACCUGAUCCAGGUCUCUGAGGCCUCAUGCAGCGGGUCACUAGGAAGAAAAACAAAACCAUACAAUAAAUAAUAAAGCAUAACUGUCAUUACACACAUAUAUAUAUUUUAAAAUGUUGGAGUUUAAAAGAUCUGAUGAAGAAGUAUCAGCCAAUAAUAACCUAAAGGAACAUUUAGAAUCUUGGAUUGAAGGUUCAGCAUAAAUAUCUGCACUUAAAGGUCAGAAUAUUUUUUUUUUCAGCAGAUUCAUGUCAAUUGAGAGUUUUUUGCAACUUAAACUGAAGUAUAUGGUUAAUAAAAAACAAACUGCAGAAUUCAAAUAUUUAAAAAAAUAGUUUUUUGGAUGAGAGACAGAGAAACUGGUGAUAUAUUCCCAGGAAGUAUUAAUAAUUAAAUAUAAUAGUAAUGAUAAUAAAGUGCUUAUUGGUGAAACCUAUCAUAUGUUCAUUACAAUGGAACAUUUAAAUCACAAAAUAUUAAGACUUUAAAACUUAAUUUUCAAAAAUGUUUCAUAUUUAGACUCUUAAAGUAUAUAAACUUUAUUCUCAGAAUAUUUAAACUGCAUUUCCUAAAUGUCCGUUUAGGAGUUAAAUAAAGUAUGGUUAAAGGUGCAAAGCUCCACAUUGUUUGCAUUUCUAUUGCUUUUAAUCACGUUCUCUAAAAGGUACGCGGCCGUCUGUGAACAGAGACGCUCUGCUCUGAUCGACAUUACUCCUCUAUAUCUUUACAUUUAUAAUAACUGCUUACUGUCAUAUUAAUACUCUGAAUGUUGAAUUGAGCACCUCUAAUGUUUUGGUAGAAAUGUUCCUGCCCUGCUGCAUGUCUGCUGGUUUCUUCUCUGUGCUUCUAUAAGUUAUCAGAAACCUGGAACGUUAAUCAAUUUAAAACAGGAAGACCAAUAAACUCUGUUAGGUCAGGUGAUGCGUCACCUUUGGUUGGCCGGACCACAAACUGUAUGAUGGGAUGUUUUUGUACAUAAGAAAUGAAUAAUGUGUUUAUUUUCUAUGAUAAAGAAUUAAUUAUUGUGUAACUAACAGUUGCCUUUUGUUCAUUUUGUUUUUAAAUCAAAAAAAGCACUGAACUGUAUAAAAAAUGUUUAAAUCAUCUGUUGAAUAAUACUAUAUAUAUAUAAAUAUAUAUGUGUCAGCAUAUUUUAAAUGAACCUGUUUAAAUGUGUACAGCUAAUAAAGGA